ACAAAAGCAAUGGAGAAUUCUCAUAUUUCUCUAUUGCUUUUGUUUUUGUUUAUGCUUCAAACAUCUGCCAUCCCAUCCAAAAAGUCUUAUAUCGUUUACUUGGGAUCGCCAUCGUCGGAACGCUCAAGCAUCUUUGAUAACCAGCUUGCAGUCGAGUCCCAUUAUGAUAUAUUGGGAUCGGUCACUGGAAGCCAAGUAACAGCCAAAGAAUCGAUGAUCUACUCGUACAAUAGAUACAUCAAUGGCUUUGCUGCUGUACUUGACGACAAGGAAGCCAUAGAUCUUGCAAAGAAUCCACGCGUGAUGUCAAUAUUUGAAAACAAGGAAAGGCAUUUGCAUACAACACGAUCAUGGAAUUUUCUCGGGUUGGAAAAUGACCAAGGAAUCCCUCCAAACUCCAUUUGGAAGGCCGCCAGAUUCGGCGAAGAUACAAUUAUAGGCAAUCUCGACUCUGGUGUUUGGCCAGAAUCAAAGAGCUUUAGCGACGAAGGCUAUGGCCCUGUGCCAGAAAGGUGGCUAGGAGAUUGCCAAAGUGACUCCAAAUUCCGUUGCAAUAGGAAGUUGAUUGGAGCUCGAUAUUUCAACCAAGGUUUCAUAUCAGCAUAUGGUCCUCAAAAUGACUCGUCCUACAACACAGCAAGAGACCAUCGAGGGCAUGGAACCCACACUUUGUCCACUGCUGGUGGCAACUUUGUCCCCGGCGCCAAUGUGUUUGGCAAUGCCAAUGGCACUGCAAAAGGUGGUGCCCCUAAAGCUCGUGUUGCUGCCUACAAGGUCUGUUGGCCCGCUACUCAAGGCGGUUGCUUCGACGCUGAUAUCCUAGCCGGGAUUGAGGCUGCCAUUGAAGAUGGCGUCGAUGUCAUCUCGAUUUCUCUCGGUACACAGGCCCAAGAUUUUCCCGAUGACCCUCUAGCGAUAGGGGCGUUCCAUGCUGUUCAACAAGGAAUCGUUGUCGUGUGCUCAGCGGGGAAUGAUGGACCGGAUCCCCAGACUGUCACCAAUGUCGCUCCUUGGAUGUUCACGAUUGCAGCUAGUACGACCGACCGAGAGUUCGCCACCUACGUUGACCUUGGAAACAAGAUGCAAAUCAAGGGUUCAAGUCUUUCUUCUCAAGGAACGCCGAGUGGACAGUUGUACCCUUUGAUCAAUGCUGUGGAUGCAAAAGGUGCCGAAAAUAUCCCUGAUAUCGAUGCCCGACUUUGCGAGGAAGGAUCACUUGAUCCCUCAAAGGCAAAAGGGAAGAUUGUAGUUUGCCUUCGAGGAGACAAUGCGAGACUCGCCAAGGGUUCCGAGGUUGCUCGUGUCAGUGGGGUCGGGAUGAUUCUCGUUAACGAGGAUGAAAAUAACAAUCAACUUCUUCUCGAUCCACACUUCCUUCCUGCUGCCCAUGUAAGCUACAAAGAUGGGCUUUUGAUUAAGGAGUAUAUCAACUCGACCAAGACACCAAUGGCUUCCAUAACCCAAGUAAAGACCGAGUUGGGAAUUAAACCAACACCCGUCAUGGCUGAAUUUUCAUCAAGAGGCCCGAGUCCGAUCGACGAGUCGAUUCUGAAGCCUGAUAUAACAGCACCAGGUGUGAGUAUACUUGCAGCAUUCCCCGAUGACUUGGCGCUAACAGAUUUAGAAUCUGAUAAGCGCCGAGUUGCUUUUAAUCUGGAGUCUGGGACUUCCAUGUCAUGCCCACACGUCUCUGGCAUUGUAGGCCUUCUCAAGACCCUUUAUCCUACGUGGAGUCCAGCUGCCAUCAAAUCCGCACUCAUGACUACAGCUAAAACAAGGGACAACACGAGGCAAUCAAUUUUGGACUUCACAAAAGGCAAAGCAAGCCCACUCGAAUACGGCGCAGGACAUGUCCAACCAAACGAUGCAAUGGACCCCGGCUUGGUCUAUGACACCACCAUCGACGACUACUUGAACUACUUAUGCGCGCGGGGUGCCAAUCAGACACAGCUCAGACAAUUCUCCAACAAGCCAUUCACCUGCGCCAAAUCAUUUGCACUCACAGAUCUAAACUACCCGUCGAUUGCGGUCCCGAAUUUGAAAGUCGGAGCUCCGACGACGGUCAACAGAAGGGUUAAGAACGUGGGAAGUCCAGGGACGUACACGGCGCGCGUCAAGGCGCCGUUGGGGGUUUCAGUUGUGGUGGAACCGAGUACGUUACAGUUUCGUACCGCGGGUGAAGAGAAGGCUUUCAAGGUUGUGUUGCAGACUACGCCAAAAGCUGAACAAGGAGUGUAUUUGUUUGGGACUAUGGUGUGGUCAGACGGGAAGCAUUUUGUUAGAAGUCCUAUUGCAGUCAAAUCAGGAUGAUGUAUGAUCACCUUAGUUGAUUGAAUUGUACAUAUUCAGUUUCAUUUCCAGUCAGAUUUGCAAAAAGGAUAUACAUUUUAAAAAUUUUCAACCACGCUCGAUCAGUUUGGUUUCAAUUUAGACGUUAGCUCAUCAUCUCUCGUUUCGAUGUCCAAAGAAAACACAAUUCGUUGGAGUCAUGAAAUAUGGAACGGAGUUUGGUUUGGUUCGAUCGACUUGAUUUUGUUUAAUGUAAAGUAUAUA